AGCCUCGCCGUGGGCCCGAGCGGCGAGGAGCGGCCUUUGGCCUCCGCCAUCCCGCGGCCCGCGAUGGCAGCGGCGCCGGGCUGCGCGGGCGGCGGCCCGCGCGGCCGGCGGGAGUCCGCGCGGCCAUGCAGGCCGUCGCUGCGGAGGCCUCGGAGUGGUCCCCGGUGGUCAAUGGCCUGCGGAUCGGCCAGAUCGUGGAGAUCCGCGGCGCGGGCGCUGGCGGCGACGCCGCCCUCGAGGGGGAGCUGGGGCAACUGGUGAACUACCUGCCCGAGGUGGACCGCCUGCGCGUCGCGCUCAUAAGCAGCGGCCAGCGCAUCCAGCUGGAGCCCGCGCACGUCGUCUCGGCGGGCCCGUGCAGGGGUCCCGGCGCCGGCGGUGGCCCCGAAAGCUUCGACCUGGUGCUGGGGCCCCGCACGAGCAGGGAGGCCAUGGCCGAGGGCAUCUCGGACUGCCUGGGCCAGAAGGGGUUCUGUGUGCUGAAAGUGAUCCAGGCGACGGAGGAGCUGGCGGAGGCGUUCGAGGUGCUGAAGGACUGCGAGCAGAGGGGCGAGCUCGGCCGGCUGGCGCGCGAGGUGGAGGAGGGCUACCUCGGAAGGAGCGGCCGCGCCAAGGCCACCUGGCUCGACCCAGACGGGGACCUGAUGCAUCCCGGCGGGCUCCUGGCCCGGAGUGACGCGAACAUCACCGCACUGGCGGAGGCGCUGCAACCACGUUGCGGCGACUGUGCUGGUGCCCCGAUCGAGGACCGCACCCCUUCGCUGGCAUGCCUGUCGAUGUCCGACAUGGACGAGGCCGACUAUGAGCAUCCCAUCGCCACCGACCAGGUGAUUUACGAGUUCUACUCGACGUGGGUCCGAAGCGUGCUGCGAGUCAUUCACUUCCUGGGGCCAGCCAGAGGUAUGGCGGAGCUGACCGUGAAACCAGGCGCGCCCACCACACUGGGCCUGGAUCCAAGCCUGGAGGUGGCGGCCAGCGCGGGCACCAUACUCAUCUUCCGAGAGGACACCUUCGAGUAUUCGUACGAGGAGCCUGAGGAAGGCGAGGCCUGCUGGCUGCAGGCUUUCCUCAUGAAGCCGGCCGCCCGGUGGGCCUUGGGCGAACUCCGCGGUGACGCCCUCAGCUUGCUGCGGGGCCCGGCAGGGGGCCCCGCUCCCCCUCCUCCGGACGCCGACAACUUGGUCGCAGUGACUGCGCUCUCGAUCCAGGCGUGCGGCAGGAUGACGGAUCACCACAAGGAGUGGGCGGCGUACUUCGCGGGCUGCGACGGGCACCUGGAGAUGCCAGUGGCCAGGUUCGAUUACCUCCCAUUCUACAGCGAGCUGGAGGACGACGUGGAGGGCACGACCUACGUCAGGCACUUCUCCGUGCAGGUGGAGAUCCCUGGGCUCAGGCAGACGCCGGCUGGAGCACCAGUGCCAGAUCUACAGCGCAAGCUCGAAGACAUAGACGACGAGACGCUGUGCAGUGAGCGAGGAGUUGACGUCAUUCUGGAGCGUCUCGACCGGAUGUCAGGAGAACGCCGUGGUGACGAGCGCCGGAAAGUCGCUCGAGAGUGCCUGCUUGAUUAUUCCAGGCGCCACAACGAGAACCGGGCGGAAUAUUGCGCCAGGAUUGACGCGGCGUUCGACCGGGUGGCGUCUCAGGGCCUGGCCCUCUCGGACGACUGGAAGCUCAUGUUCCUAGAGGAGGGCGUCGGCCUGGACGACAAGUUGGCCCAGCUGGCGAAGAUCUCUACGCGGGGAGAGCGCGCCUACAAGGCUGCGCUCGCGGCCAUCAUGGAGAUGGACAUCAGCCAUCGCGAGCAUCUGUCGAGCAAGCGGAGGACGUUCGUGACGAUGGAGCCAAAUAGCCACGCCUACACUCCCAAGGGCGCGGCCCCGCCUCCACCGACCCCUCCGAUGUCGUGGCCGGUGGAAGCAGGUUGCGACGACGAGUCUCUACUUGACUACUCAGACGUCUCUUCGAUGAAUUCGGAAGGCGAGAUGGCAGUGUGGGCAGUCUUGGAGACAGCGGACGCGGGCGAGGAUGACGCCCCGGCAGCGUUGGCGGCCAUUAACCAGGAGCGCCGCAAGACGUGGAAAGAUAACAAGGAUCUCAAGAGGCGCUUGAAAGUCGGCAGGAAGUUCUUCGACCGCUCUGGAGCUCGUGGCACCGAUGGGCGCGAGAAGCCUCGCAGUUCUGGUCGCAGAGCAGCGAAUUGCACCUUCCGUCCUCGGGGGAAUCGUCUACCCUUGGCAGAACUGAUCAAGCGUACUUGGUGUCGGUUAUGCCACGAGAGUGGCCACUGGUCGAAGGGCCCCCCCAACAUGCCGGGCAGCAGCGCUCCGAGGGCAGCGCGGCCACCCAAGGGCGGCUCUCACUUCUCCGGCCUCAGCUUCAUGUGCGUGAAUGCGCUGGACGGCUACGGCGCCGGCGCCUCUGAAGGCUCCGCCUCGCUCCAACCUCCAGCCUACGCUGUAGUACUGUUGUCAGUAGGUCUUGGAGCCAUGGUCGUGGACGCGGCCGCAGGACAGGGUCUAAUGGGGCAGCCCGCUCUGGAGAAGAUCGAGAGGCGCCGGGCCUCCAAGGAGUUCGCGAUUCCCAAGGAGGGGCGUCCGACCGCCGUGGCGGAGCGGCUGACGAACGAGAAGGAUCAAGCCUGGGUCUACGGGGCGACGGGCUCCCACGUGCUGGAGGGUCUGAACAAGUCCCAGAGCGGGGUGGCGGAUUCGGCGGCGUCAGCGGUGGCGAACCUCCAGAGGGGCGAGGCAUUCAUGAAAGACGUGAAGACGGCCCAGCGUCGCGCCGUGUCGGCGAAGCGCAAGGUCGAGAAGGAUAACAACGAGAUGGAGGUGGAGUCUCUGGCCCAGCACGACCUGGCAGCGCAGGCCAAGAUGGCGCGAGAUGUACAGGCGAAGUUCCAGCAGCGGUUUGACGGGAUGACGGAGGUGCUGAAGGGGGUCGCGAUGAACCAGCUGACCCAGGGCGAGGCUCUGGCGAGGGUCAACCACGCGGGGAGCGAACAGAUCACGGCCCUGGCAACGAUUCGCGGCGAGGCUCAAUCAGCGAGUUGCCUGGCACGAAGCCUCCAGGACGCAGCGAGCGGCAAGGCCGGCCUAUCGCCGCCUCGGGCAGACCAGGGCGCAGCUGCGCAAGCAGGUCCAUCGUUGACGGAUGAGCCGAAGUCUCCAGCGGCGCCAGCUACGUCAUCGCCGGCGGCGCCGACGACGGGGCCGAGCCCGCAGCCUCCGUCGCGGAUGGCCGCGGGCCCGAUUCCAGCCGGAGCGACGUGGGCCCACGUCGGGGCGGCGCCGCUCGACCCGACCAAGCUUCCUCCAGCGAUCGCAAGGGGCGUCCAGGAGCAGAAGGAAGUGUCCAGGGCGGAGGGGGCACCGGUGCCCUGCGCAGCGCCGUCGCUCGGCCGCUGCCCCACCUGCCCGAGCGUGGCCGCGACGCAGCAGAUGAACCCUCAGUUUCUCUUAGAUGCGCAGGGGGGGCCUAUCCAGGACUCUCUGGAGACGGUUUCGAGCUGCGAGAUUCCGCCGAUGGGCCCGCUCAUCGUGGCAGCCCCGCAGAGGCCCUGCGACCGGAGCAAGGGGAAGGCGAAGGGCUCGGAGGACCUACGACUGCCAGGGCAAGUGGCGCUGAGCGGACCUUCUUCUCAGGAGCUGCGGGUCAGGAAGCUGUCUGUAGGCAGCGGUUUUCAGUUCUCGGUCAGGGCCCCGGGCAAGCCCGAGCUCCGACGGACGGGCGCGGAAGGCGAGGGGGGCGCGGAGGGGGGCGAGGUCACCGGCGCCCCUGGGGCGGAGCACGAGGUCGAGAUCACCGCUCCCAUCAAGCGUCUCAUUCAUAAGGUGCGCGUCAAUUUAGGACACGGCCGCGGCCUGUUAUGCGCGGCAGUGCGCUAUUCGGGACCUGGCGCGGCAGGGGCUGUCUCGUACAACGAGCAGGAUGAGGCCGACAGAACGCGCAUCUACCGGAUAGUGGACAGCGAAGACAGGAUCGAGGGCUUUGGGCAGGCCGAAGAAGGCGUCAUGGUCUGCUGCGUCUGCUCCCGCUUCUGUCUCAAGUGCUGGACAAGUCCCAGGCGCUCCGUCGUCGAACGGGGCGUCCAGGGGCCAGAGAUGGUGGACCACCUGCGCUCGACUGCGUCUUUACCGGUGGUCAUGCGCCGCUUUGAUCCGAAGCGGUUCUUUUUCGCCACGGCCAGCGACUGUGGCGGCGUUGGCCCUGACGUCCACCUGGCCCUGCUGCAGGACGGCAUCGAGCUCUUCGACAACCGGGAACACGGGCAAGAGAGGAACGAGGAGGGUGGGAGCAAGAAUGACGAGGUGGAGGACCACUGCGGAGCAGAGAAGGGGUCAGUACGAGAUGCAGAGAGGACUAGCGUUUUCGAAAUCUCGAACAAGGAGGCUUCGUGCAUGGACCCGCAGUGCAGGCAGGUGCUGGAGGUUGGAUACCUCAGCAUUCACCAGCUGGGGAUCACUAAGAAGGACUGCAACGUGAAGCCGCUCCACGCCAGUGUCUCCGUCGGCCUGGACAAGCAGGAGUGGAUGAUGAUGACCUCGACUGGUGAGGCGCCUUCUAGCAUAGGCACGAAUAACCAGCUCGCAAUCACAGCGAACCGCUUCAACUACGUGUUCAACCUCAAGGGAGGCAGCUUCGUCUGCGACACCGCUUGCUCGUCUUCGCUGGUCGCAGCGCACCUGGGCAAGGUGAAUCUUCUCGAGCGCAGAUGGGACCCCCUCGAGUGGCACUUGGGCUGUGGCACCGCCCUGACCCUGACGGUGCACUCGUUCGUGCACAGCUGCGCCGCGAGGAUGCUGUCCCAAGGCGGCCGCUGCUUCACCUUCGACCGGUCGGCCGACGGCUACAACAGGGGCGACGGCACCGCUGCCCUGGUGCUCCAGGCGGGGGCCCUCGAGGAGCGCAGGCUGGUGCUCUUCCGGGGCAGCCAGAUGGGCCAGGACGGCCGCAGCGCGGGCAUGUCCGCCCCCAAUGGCCCGGCGCAGGAGAAGUGCGUCCUGGGCGCCAUGCGCGAGGCGCGGAUGACGCCCCCGGAGGCCACGGUCUGGGAGUGCCACGGCACCGGCACCGCGCUGGGGGAUCCCAUCGAGGUCGGAGCGGUGAGGAAGGUCCAGACCAGGGAGAAGAGGCUGGAGACGCUGCUGGUCGCUACCAGCAAGUCCAACUUCGGCCACCUUGAAGGAAGUGCUGCCGCCAUCUCCAUGAACAAGUGCAUUCUGGUCGUGCUCAGAAACUCGUGUCCUGCGACUCAGCACCUCCGAGUGCUGAACGCGCACCUCAACACGGACUUUGAUGCCCACUUCGUGACUGAGAUGACGACUUACAGUCACACGCAGACCAACUGCCACGUGUCGUCGUUCGGCGUGGGCGGCACGAACGGCCACGCCAUCUUCUGGGGCGAGGCGUACAGCCCCCCCGUUGACGUCCAGAGCGCCCUCACCAGCAAGAUGCUGAGCGCAGUGGCCCCGAUCAUCGUCAACGGCAGCGACCCCGCGGCCUGGGAGUACUCGGGCCCACCCUUCCACGCGGCGCCGGACGAGGAGUACAGGGUCGUGUUCACCAGGGAUCCGGUGACAGGAAGAGACGACGUCCGCUACGAGAGGGUCCACAGAGAGGAGCUGCGCCCCCCAGAGUUCUACGCCCUGGCCGGCAACCACAACGGCUGGGCCGCGGAGAGGAUGCUGGACGGCAGGGGCGAACAGAUCGCAGGCACCGAUGGAGCGGACGGAGACAGCACCGACGAGGACAUGGGCGCAGGUCACGCAUCUGCUCAAUCCAUCGCGCCUGCGCUGGACGGCAGCGGUGCGGGCUGCGACCUCGAUGAGAGAGAUGCUGCUGCCAGGCGCUGGCUGGCCAGUCGCAGCUUCUUCGCCGUGGUGGGGGCGAUGAAGUCUGGCACCUGCGCGCUGAGGUACCACUUGCGGGCUUCCACUUGGGAGGACAAUUCGUGCAUACCCGCGCAGGAGCUUCACUUCUUCGACGACGACGAGGAGUUCCGUAAGGGCGCCGCGCACUACAGGUCGUGGUUCGAGUGGGACAAACGCUGGCCCCCGCCCGACGUGGUUGGGGACGUCACGCCGAGCUACCUCUACAUCCCCGAAGCGCUGCCGCGCCUGCGACAGCUGAUGCUUGUGGCUAUUCUUCGCAAUCCUGUGGAGCGCUUCGCCUCGCAGCCGGGGAGCUCCAAGUGGGGCACCCGCCUCUCGGCCUCACGGAGAGCAGGGCUCGAGCUGGGCGGUAUUUUCAGUGCAACAUCGCAGUGCAACACGAACAGUUCAACAUCGCAGUGCAACAUCGCAGGCAAUCACGGCCAGAGCCCAUUCUCGCAGUGCAACAUCGCAGUGCAACAUCGCAGUGCAACAUCGCAGUGCAACAUCGCAGGCAACAUCGCAGUGCAGCACGAACAGUUCAACAUCGCAGCCCGCGCAGACAGGGCACCCUCGCGGUCCGACGCCUUCGCGCGCGGGCUGUACGGCUCGCAGCUGCGGCGCCUGCUGGACCUGUUCCCCCGAGGGCAGCUGCUGGCGGUGGUCUCGGAGCGCUACCGCAGUACCUCCGCGAUGUCCACCGGUUUCUGGUCCCGUGGGCACCCUUCUCCGGUGAGCGCGACGCAGUGCAUGUGCGGCGUCCGUUUGAUUGCGCACUCUGCUCCAGAGAGCAUGCUCGUCGAGAUGGAUUACAGGACGGCGAGACAGUGGCUUGCAGCUACUUGCGGCGAGUCGGCUACUCUCCUGGUGUUCGAGACCACGGACACGCUGCUCCAUGAGGGCGCUACGCAGGCGGAGGUCCUUGUCAUUACUUAUACGGGAUCGAAGCCGACGGCAUGCAUGUUGCACUACAUUGCAGAGAAGCAGCAGAGCCCACACAUCCUGCGCCCAAAGCAGGGCCUCCAGACGAUGACCAACCAGUCCAAGAAGCUGCUGCGUCACAGCGACGUCCAGCGGCAGGUGCUCUCAAAGGCUGACAAGGCGCCCGGAGGCAAAGUUCAACGUGGACUACGACUCCUGGCAGCAGCGGAGAUUAUGGCGAACCUGAAGAAGUACGGGGCCACCCAGACGGAUGUCGACAGGGGUUUCCCCGAAGACGGCCAAGACGCCCAGGUCUACAACGGCGGCUCGGACAACGUGUGCGAGGAGGAAGGGGAAGUGGUCCCUGCGUAUGCGGAUGCGCUGGGUAUGAUCUCGACUUGCAUUGCAGCGGAGAACAUCGAGAUUGCGAAGCAGAAGACGUCGAAGUGGAAGAAGCGUUUGGAGUGCGGAUCUGUGAAGAUUGAUGACGCAAUUGUUCAGAGCGGCGGCGCCAGCGGCGCCCUUUGGUCCCCGCUGCCGCAGCUGCGCCGAAUUCGCGCCUUCCUCGGGCUGGACCCGGACGCGUCCGGGUGGGACAGCGCCUCGCCGUUGCCCGAGUCACACGUGCGCGGCCCGUACGCGGAGGAGCUGCCGGAGGCGGACCGGGCCCGGCUGCGCGCCUUGUACGCGCAGGAGGUGGCGGACCUGAGGGCCCUGUUGGCCGACGCGCUCCCGGGCGAUGGGCUUCCUGCUCCGCGCGCUUGGUGUGCUCUCGUGCUGCUCGAAAUGCAGCUUGCCACCCAGCUGCACUAG